AUGGGCGGGCCCCGCGCCACGCGCCUGACGGGCUACCUCUUCCACGAGCUUAUGUUCUGGCACGACGCUGGCCACUUCGGGAGUGUCAAGCGGCGCAUCCAGCCGGCGCGCCACGUCGAGCACAGCGAGACCAAGCGGCGCAUGCACAACCUGAUCGCGGUCAGCGGGCUCAUGGAGCAGCUUAAGCUGCUGGCGCCGCGGCAGGCGACCAUUGACGAGCUCUCCAGGGGGCUGCUGAACGCGCAUGCAGCGCACGGCGACCAGCGCUCGGUGGACUGGCGCUAG